AGUCGUAGCAGCAGCCAUGGAUGUGCGCGUCGUAUACUCUUUGGUAUCUACUCUGUUCGUAGUUAUGGCGAACGGGGACUCAUGGGCAGCUCCUGAACGCGGAUUCUAUCGCAUCGUCGAUGGCAAAAACGCCACGCGGUGCCAGUUUCCACAUCAAGCCCUCGUCCAAAGCGACGAGAAGACUGUAUGUGGCGGUUCGCUUAUCACGCAAAGUAUAGUCCUCACCGCUGCGGGCUGUACUGUAGGGUUCAAAAAACUGACCAUCCGCCUGGGAACCAACCAGCGGACUCAGAAGGAUACAAACACCUGGACCGCCGUCUCCACCUGGAGCAAGGCGCACCCGGACUACGACUUCGACGGCCAUAGUGAAAAUGAUGUGGCUCUUGCGUUCCUGCCUGAGAAAGCUCCUCUGGGCGCUUGCAUCAAGACAGUGCCGCUACCUCUCAAAGCCGACGUCAAUAAAACCUACGUGGGACAACGUCCUCUCAUCAGUGGCUGGGGACGGAUCUCUAACUCCUCAGAAUAUCCAGAGCAUCUUCGAUGGAUUCAAGUGACGGUUGUUCCCAAUGAUGUUUGCUCAAAGAUCUACAGCGCAGGUGUCAUUAGAGAUAGUACGCUGUGUGCUGCAAGUAAUGCACCUGGCAUAUGCUGGGGUGACCGCGGCGGUGCCCUUGUUCUCAAGACUGAGGAAGGCUACACACAGAUCGGUGUGGCCAGCUAUUUCGGCGGGGACUGCCACUCAGAGGGCACACCUGCUGGGUACUCAAGAGUGACCUCCUACCUCAACUGGAUCGCCGUAACCGGCGAGAUCACUCUUCCGUGAGAAGACGGUAUCACCUGCGACAGGUUUCCGUUCUGGUUCCAUCUCAGUGCUCAGUUAAUUUCAAAUGGAUUUCUUUCUAACGUACUUCUGACUCUGUUUUAUC